CAGUCUGUCAGUCCUGUACUGUACCAUCAAUUCCGGCAUGUAGUGGAGCUGGAUGCUUAUGCAGCGCCUUUCUGACAGACAGAGUUCCUAAUCGAAUGUUGUUUAGCGUUCGAGACCGACCUCGAACCUCCGGCUUGAUUGAGAGCCGACAUUAUGCACCCAACACUGGAUACGCCCUCGUUAUGCGCCCCGAUUUUGUGCACUAACCAACGUCAUGCCUUGGCCUGUAUUGUAUUGUCCAGCGUGUCAACGCCGGUUUCCUUGAUUUGGAUUUGGCCUGCCCAGAGUCAAAUCACAAUUUUUUUUCUCACUCUCAUCAUCAAUUCCUUUUUUGUUUUCUUUGGUCCUUUGUCUCGUUGCCUUUCCUGUAUAUCCACCCCUGGGAGAUACACUAAGAAGUGGGCAGCCCGAGUCUGAUGGUUUACGCCAUCAGCUUUUGGGUUCAAGCGCCCUGCAGAACU